AUGGAGAUCUGUAGAAACGAUGAUUUUGUGGUGGUCCUAGAGAAAAACGAGCUGCUCAUAGUGGAUAUUCUGACUCUGUCUGUGUUUCAUAGAAGAGAGUGUGGAGUGGGGUCCGUCGUAGAGUGCUGCAAUGAAUAUGUCUUUGUUAGUGACGGAUGCAUAGUUGUGGCGCUGUGCCUUCUUAGUCUAAAAGAAAGGGUGGUGUGUGAGAUGAAGACGCCUGUAACGGCCAUCUUUCAUUUGGACGGAUUUGUGUACUGUGGAAGCGAGGAAGGAACAAUCCAUGUCUAUGGAAUGGCUGUGGCGAGUGAUGUGGGAGAGGUAAAGGGUGUCGAAUGCUCUCUAGGGUCUGAGCUAUCGAACGAGAUGUUUGCAUCUGAAGACACUCAAUGCGGGUUCAGGUUUGUAAAAAGCAUGAAGCACCCUGGUCCUGUGACUCAGAUAUGCAGUGAUGGGACGGAAGUGUUUGUGGCAGACAUUCGGAACAAGAUAACUGUGUAUCCCUCGAGAAGGACAUAUGACAUCAGAAGUCCAAAGCUUAGAUACAAGAACUAUAUAUUUGCAAGUGAAAGGAACAUGCUGUACUGCAGAACGCGGAAUGCGUUUGCCACAUACAUGACGACUGAGAAGCCCAUAAGCGACUAUGCCUUUAGCAUGAAAGGGGGGAUUCUGUUUGCACAGUGCAGGGAUGGGGUGCAUGUCAUUGAUUUCAACAGCAGGAAAACCAUAAAGAAAAUAGAUGUGCCGGGAAGAUUUGUAUAUGACGAUGACAGAAACAGAGUUGUGUGGUUUGACGGAAAGAAAUUUGCCUCUAUUGAGAACAUCCUUGAAGGCCUGGAUGGAGGAAUGGAAGAUGUGAUGUUUAGAGGAGAUGAGCUUGUGGAGAAGAAGGUAAGGAUUGAGGAAGAGGACGAGUGGCCAGCAGAGAGGCACAGGGGAGAUGAGGAGAGGAGAAGAACUCCAAAAAGAAAGUACUUCAGGGUUUGUGGAGAGAGUGGAUAUGAGUCUAGUGAAUGGAGGGGCAAUGAAGAAAGAAAAAAGAUGGUUGAUUCUGAUGAGUACUCGGAGGAGCUCGAGCAUGAGAGUAAGGCAGUGGCCAGCAUUCCAACACAAAAAGUUGAGACGGAAAGCUUACUGUGCUACAACUCUGAGGGAUACAUGGUUUGCAUUAGAGGUGAAAGCAGCGACAGGGUGGAGGUCAUCUACCACGAUGUCUCCCGAAAGAAGAUUGAAGUGUCUGGAGUCUGCGGAUGUGUGUUAGGGUCCUUUUGCAAAGACAAUAUUGUGGUUGGGAACGGAAAGAAGAUAUUCUUUUACACCGGGAAAUCUCCUAUGUGGGAAAAAGAAGUUGAGGCGAAGAUGGUGUCUAUCUCUGAGAGGAUUGUGGUUGUUUUUUCUAGUGUUCUUCAGGUCUUCAGGCACGACGGAGCCGAGAUAUUCAACUGCCUUAUUCCAGAUGUUCAUGCAAUGUGCUGCCACCUUGAGGUUAUCGCUGUCUUUUGUAGAGAGCUCAUCCUGAUUGACUUGUUCAAGUCGACUGAAAGGUUCUUUUUACCUUCUCCUGUUGACUUUGCUUGCUUCGAUGAGAUUGGAAGGAUUUUCUAUAGAAUUGAUGGAAGGAUAUACCAAGUGUAUAAGGGGCUGCCAGUCAGAGUGUGCGAGGUUCUAACACAACCGUUGGCCAUGGUUAGGGGCAACGUCAUUUCCUUAGGAUCCUCACGAAGACUUUUUCCAUCUCCUUAUGUCGAAUACACCAGGUUCGAUGUAUUUGAUCCAUUUGGGACUAAGGAUAAGGUAAGCGAGGCUAAAGAAGAGGCUGCACCUAGCAAUGAGGGCCAAGGGAACAGGAUGACUGAGGGGGGUAAGGUCAAGAGAUACAAUCCUCUUGAAAAUAAAUGA